AUGUCGACCAUGGAGUGCUUGAAGAACAACUUCGUCAAGGGCCAGUUAUUGGAUGGCCGCUUCCGAACACUGGCUCCUCUCAACCAUGGAUCUUUUGGAAUGGUGUUCCUUGCCACUGACAUUCAGACUGGCGACGAAGUCGCCAUCAAAUGUCUACUCAAGGGUUCCCAGUCUCAGCAAGAUCGGUUCGAGGAGCUCGAGGCCCACCGCCGAUUCGGCUUCCACCCGAACCUGGUCAACCUCAUUCACACCUUUGACACUGAGCACCAUACAUAUCUUGUUUUGGAGUAUUGUGCCAAUGGCGACCUCUACGAAGCCAUUCGCCUCGACCGUGGUCCCCUUGAGACCGAGCAUGUUCGCGAUUUCAUGCUGCAACUCUUGAGCGCCGUUGACUUCAUGCAUGCCAAUGGCUUGUAUCACCGUGACAUCAAACCGGAGAAUAUCUUCCUCACACAAGAUGGCUCCAUGAAGCUCGGCGACUUUGGUCUGGCUACUCAGGAAUCUUGGUGCCACGAGGCGUGUGUCGGUAGCGAUCGCUACAUGGCCCCCGAGCAAUACGAUCCCUCCACAACUGGGUAUUCUCCUGCAAAGGCUGAUAUCUGGUCCGUGGGCAUCUGUUUGCUGAAUAUUCUUUUCGCUCGAAACCCCUUCACCACUCCCACCGAGUCUGACAAGAUUUUUGCCGACUACGUCCUUGACCGCCAGUCUCUGUUCGACAUCUUCCCUAACAUGUCUCAGGAUACGUAUGACAUCCUGACUCAUGCCAUGGCCAUUGAUCCUUCCAAGCGCUCUUUGCUGGACGUUCGUGACUGUAUCCUUCGUGCGGUCUCCUUCACAACCGACGACGAGUCUCUUGAUGAGUUCUGCACCGAGGAUCGUGAGGUGGUUGCCGCGAGUGCCAACCGCGAGCCUUUGCGCACACCAUCGCUUCAGAGCCCUCAUGUCAACCAAGGGGAUUCCUUCCCUUGGGCCAAGGCACUUCAUUCCAGCCCGCCCCAGACCAUGCGCCAGCUGUCUGCUAUUCCAGACAACGAGAGCUACACCGAGGAUCUCUUCCCACCUUCCGAAGCUGCGGGAACCUCAUGGUUCUCGACUCGCAUGGAGACACCUUCCAUGGCCUCUGUCAUGGGCUCGGCCUUUGGUGGAUCCUUCCGCUCGUUGCACCUGCACAAGCGUGAGGUUCCAUCUCUCCCUCGCUCUGAUCCAGUGGCUAUCACUGGAUCUCUUCCCUCACAUGCCACCAAGCCCCUACCGUCACUGUCUAUGGUGUUCGGCAAGAACAAGGGUGCCGACCAGAUCUCCAAGAGCUGGUGUGAUAUGUGGGACGAGGAGGAAUCUGAGAAUGAAGAUGCCGCCAUGGUUACACGACGUGAGCAAAACUCUCGCAGCUGGAGCCAUGAGAGCCAAGGAGCUGCAGUCGAAGGAAUGCGCGAGCCGGACUCCGCUUCCACCAAACAGCGUUCUCAGUCACCCGACGUUGGUUUGAAUACCGAUGACUUCGAAAUCCAUCGCAUGUCUUUGGACGAGGACAGUGACUCCAGCAGCACUCCCCGUCCACUACUUCACUCCCCGCCCGAGCCCUCAAGUGCCGAUAAAUGGUCUAUGCUUGGUGAUGUCCGUCGCAAGUACAAGCCCGAGGAAGAGCCACUCAAGUACAAGACGCGCAAGUCUCGUGAAGUAUUUGGCCCCAAAAAUGUUCUCGCCAACACUCGGCGUCAUGAUUGGGGCCGAGGUACUUCCGGGUAUCAUCAAACCAAGUCCAAGCCAACCUCGCCUCUUGACGCUCGGCGCCGCCAGCUGCUGGAACAGCAGGACUGGCGCAGCCACGUUCCCAAGCGCUUCACUCCUACUUACGAUGAAAGCGUAGAUGAUGAUCUUGAUCUCGUCGGCGGAUGGCACGAGACUCACUUCUAA